AUGUCUACGUCACUAGGCCAGCGCACAUCCGUGUCCAGAGAGUCUGAUCCUUCUGAACUGGAAGUUGCCAACAGUAGUCGACCUCCAUCAAGAGAGGAACGUCGUGAAGAGCGCAAGGAAUAUCUCAACACCAUCAUUGACACUAAUGAUAAAUUGAGAGAGAAGCUGAUCGAGGCGCAAGAGGAAUUGAAGCAACAAUUGAUUUCUGGAAUCGCGCAAACGCAAAGUAUGCGUGAUAUGGCUGCGGCAACAGCGAGCCUUAUGUCA